AUGGUUCAUGUCGGAUCGGCGAUCGAAGAUGAUAUAAUUGUCGAUGAAUCUGCUCUUAUUUGCUGUUUGAGCAACGAUGAUAAUAACAACGAUCUUUUCAUUUUAAAAGAAGACGGCGUGUACCUUUACAAUGUAAUUCAGAGGACGAUCAAGGUCCACAAGACUUUGAACUUGAAAGGUGCAAUAGCUGUUGCUCAAUGCAUACAAGGCGAUUCGGACUUAAAGUAUCUUGCUGUGUUGAAGAAGGAUUGUGAGAUCUUGAUGCUUAGGGCCCUUACUUUCGAGAUUAGUCAAAGGAAACGGCUCGAGCUUGACAAUUGUACUGACAUUCGUCGCGCUGAUAUAUUCUUCGACAAUAUCUACCGAAACUUCCAUUUGUGCAUAGACGGACACUCGGUGUUUUGCAUUGAAACUUCCAAGCUCUUCGGUGCAGACUCUUUAGUCUUCGGACAACAAAUAUAUCGUUCCAGCGCGGAGAUUGUGGAAGCAAUAUGUGUAAGUGUGCAGCAAAGAAACUUUCUGGUGUUCAAAAAGAAUGCCAUUAAUGGGACCCUGGAUCCGGAGCUUAUAACACCGUUCGCGAUGGAACCACAGCCGCCUCAUAUAGAGAGACGCCAUACCUCAUCUGUUGCACGCAUGGUUAAGCUGCUUGCUCAAGGAAGCGGUGCGGAGAAAAUACUGGGUUUUUGUCCUGUAAAAAGCCGCCAGUUGAUUGCUGUAGUUGUGACGUCACGGCGAGUUUUUUUUGUUGGUAACGAUCUAAAGGUGUUUGAGAGUAAUGGCAUAAAGGUCCGUUCAAUAUUCCGUAAUAUUUAUGCACUGCAUGUGGGUGCAUCUUUGAUUUUGUCGUUACAGGAAGAUUCCGGACGAGUGUAUCAUGCUGAGAUUGAUGCUCGAGUAUCGGCCUCUUCAGUACAUUGGAGUUUGUUGCGCAUUUACUACCCGCAAGAGCUUCGAGGCCUUGACUUUUGGAGCCGACCUCUAAGUUCCACUCAAUUCGCUUUCAUUUCUAAACACGGAAUAUGGGUUUAUGACACAAAAUCGAGUAAACUGAGCUUCAGGAUAUCAUGCGAACAGCAAACCUACGUCGAUGCUGUAGUUACCGAGCGAAAAUUCGAUGGUCUACCGCUUCAAGUUGUAGCCUGUGGAGGAGAUUCGCCGUACUGCGGCUUUGUUGAAAGUUUCCGGAAGACGUUGCCAGUUGAUACGUUGACCAUACUCAAGAUUGAUGCCUCUUUCGAGGGCGUUGGACUGAGAGACUUCUGGAUGACGGAUCGUGGAAUUGUCGCAAGUACAUUUCAGAGAAACAGAGAAGAAGAAUUGUGCUAUAUAUCUAAGCGUGGUGUGAAACUGCGAAAGAUUGACAUAUGUUGCGCCACUGAGGUUGGAAGUAACACCUCCGAUCUGCUUUAUCUCAAUGUUGCUGGUCAACUAUUCUUGGAGAGUGAAGGCACGCGAACUGAGGUCUGCUCGAUCGCUCAGCCUCUCAGCAAAGGGACAUGGUCAAUUUUCGCAUCAAAAGAGGCAGAUCGGGACUGGACGUCUUUGGAUAUAAUACUUUCAAAAGGAAGUACUAUCCAAGUUUUUCGCAAUGGCUUGAUGCAAGCAUCUUUUGAGACAGAAUGCUUCAACAUAAAAGACCUAUGUGUGAAACGACUUCCCGAAAACACCCUGGUGAUCGUUGUAACUUGUGAUACUGGACUUCUCCUAAUAAUAUCUUACAGGCUUCAAGAAAAAUCGUUCAAGGUCAAAAAGUCCAUACAACUGGAAAAAGGUGUUCCACUGCGCUUGUGCGACAUAAAGAGUGAUGGUGGGGAAACCCCGUUCUUAUUUCUUUACAACAGGCAUAAGGUUUGGAUUCUGAAUCUUGCUAGCGAGGCGUUUGACGAGUGCGACCUUGGCUACGGAAUUAAGAGCAUGAGGUUUGUGGGGGGAAAGGAGUAUAUCGUUUUGACUGACAAUGACAAGUUUAUUUCACUUCGAUUAAAUUCUAUCAUGCAUCCAGUUUGGACGCGAAGACGAUUAGUGGGAAUAAAAGGCAUUGCAACACAUAUAAUUGAGCUUGGGAAUCCUCGCUUCAUGGUCUUAGCUUCUCAAGAUCACAAAAAUGCUUGCAAAAUCUCUAUUCUAGAUACAGCCACCCUGCAAAUCCUGAACGAGUAUUCCCUACCUGAGUCAGGUACGGUUCGUAGUCUGUUGAUGCUGCAGAAGCCAUAUGAUCACAAGAUUUUGGUUUCUCUCAUGGGAAAGACUUCCUGUCAUGACUCUCUUCUGGUGUUUUCCAUUGAGAAGGAUAAAAUUGUAUGCUUGGCAUACAAAAUGGUGGAAGGCAUUUCUAAUGCACUCACACAGCGUGGAGAAUUGCUUAUUCAGGCGGGACGCGAUAUUUGCAUACUAAGACUUCGAAAAAAAGGCGAUCGUUGGAGCUUCCGCACAGUGCAGAAAUCCAUUCAAGGUUCGGGGCCUCUUUCUUUGAUCUGCAAAAUAAAUGACCAAGAUCAAUUAACAGUCGUUGAUUCUACAAGAGGUGUACGAGUAUAUGACCUAAACUCGGCCGUUUGCUCAGCUUCAAGCGCUGCCAGCUUUUUUAAUGACCGCCAUGAAUUUGCAACACUGUUCGAGACCAAUUCUAAUCACAACAUGAGGGAUAUUAAAGUUAUACUAAGGCCUAUCAUACAGGCUGAAAAGUUGCUGUACAUGGUCAAGCUUGAAGGAACGAAUUUGACUUUAUACUCCAUCGCACAUGAUGAUGCUGGAAAGACACAUUUUCAUAAGUUGUUCUCUCGACAUCUGCCCUUUAGCAAACCAGUGACUAGAUUUAAACAAGUGGGUCUCAAAGAUUGCAUGGUCUGUGCCAAAGGCGGGUUGUAUAUAGUUAAGGUGAAAUAA